AUGCCCAGGUCUGGGGGACCUCAAAGGGCACCUGGCCUGGGCAGGCUCUUGGAGGGUGGGAAAAGAAUCCUGCCCGAGGAAAACGUGGCCCUCGGCGACCGAGGGAGUGAACAAGAGGUACAGCAGACCUGCGCCGGGCAGGGUUUCCGUGCGUGUGCGGGUCCGCGGGCAUUCUGCCUGGGGCAUAGGUGUUGGGGGGUGGGGGACGACAAAGAGGAUCUCCCUGGCCGGAGCGAUGGCUGGGCAGAGACGGAAAGGAAUGUCCCAAUGCGGAAAUGCUGGCGACGCCCGAGUGGGUCAGACCGAGAACUUCCGAAGGUGGGCUUUGCUGUACUGAGGAGCGAGGAGAUCUUGCUGGAGGCUAGAAUCUAUGUCCACGGGAAAUGGAGAACCAGCACUUCUGGCAGGAUUUUGGCUCUGUUACCACAAGGGAUAAAUCCCUCCCCUCCCCUCAAGAGUCUCCCAGUUCUGUGUCCAUCUCCUUCCUACGGACCUUUCUCUCCGCGUCCCUCCCCUGGCCCAGGGGUCGGGAGGCUCUCAUAUCCCGCCACUGCUGCGCGUUCCCAGCUCCGCCCGCCCUCCCACGCGCGGUCACCCCGGCGAGUCCUCGAGGACCCCUGUGCCCAGGCACGUGAGGUCCCCGAAGAAUAA